CUAGACAUUCAAUGCAUUGAAGAACUGUUCAUUUUACAAGAGUCAAGGAUAGCCAUGCUUAGGUCAACCAACUAUUGAAUUGAUUUAUCAAAGUCAACACCAAAAAUUUUGCAACCUUCUUUUUAACUAGGAAAAAGUUGACUUUCUACUCGCCUUAUUCGGCUUACAUUUCAAAUAUUUCAACCCUGUGAUUUUCCAGACUCAGAAACAAUGCAGAAUGGUAUAGGCAUUAAGAGAAUGAUUUGCCUUAAUUAGUUACUAGAAGCAUGCUAAUUGCUAACUGUAGUAUCAUAAUUAUUAAAUUCUCAGGCCUAGUUAUUAUGGCGUGUAACGAAAUAUUAAAGAAUUUUGAAUGUGUUUCUAUAGUUAUAAAUAAGACUUUAGAAUUUUAUACGCAAGGUUUUCAUCCAUUUCCACAAAGCUUUCCUCGGCCAGCUAUUACAAGAAUUGCAAAUAUAAUCCCAGUAUAUUUUCAAGAACUCCAAUUUGCAUAGCAGAUUUCUGAAAUUUCACUCAAUGAUGAAGUCUUUCGGUACCUCUCCUGGGAGAUGUUUUACUUUUCAUCAGCCUGAUGACAAUUCUGGUACCUCUACUUCAACCUCCACCAAAUCAAACAAAGAAAAUUCCAAGAAGGGCACAAGAAAGGAAAACAGUAGUCUUGCGUAUAGGAUUCAUGAACAUGUAAAAUUGGGUCCUAAACUGUCUGAGACUCUGAAAGGUAAGUUGAGUUUGGGUGCUAGGAUUAUACAAGAAGGAGGGAGAGAGAACAUUUUCAAGCAUGUUUUUGGGAUGCAAGAAGAAGAGCAAUUCUUGAAGGCUUCUCAAUGCUAUUUGUACACGACAGCUGGUCCUAUUGCUGGAAUUCUCUUUAUCUCCACAAAAAAAGUUGCAUUUUGCAGUGAAAGCCCCACAUCGUUCUGUUCUGAAGCUGGAGAGAUAGUUAAAGCACCUUACAAGGUUUUGAUACCAAUUGAGAAGGUAAAAGAGGUGAAUGAAAGCAUGAAUGUGAACAAGUUAGAACAGAAAUACAUAGAGGUAGUGACUAAGGAUGGCUCUGAGUUUUGGUUUAUGGGGUUUUUACGGUAUGAGAAGGCUCUCAGGAAUCUCAAGAAAGCUGUUUCAAUGGGAAAUAGUUGUAAAUAGGGGAAAUUGAACAUUGUAGUUAAGUCUCUGGAUGCUUGAGAUAUACAUAUAGUAGCUUGGUUUUA